AUGCACCUGUUAAUAAGAAAUGUGGAUUUUGCAUCCAUUUUGCACAAAACUUAUCUAAAAUAUUACCUACAGUUAUUGCUAUCAUUAUUGAUAUUAGAUGCUUCACAUCCAACUACCAAGGUACUUUCUAUGCGGACAGGUGAAUUAGUCGUAUAUCCAUGCGAUGUGAUUCAGUUGGAAUCAUGUUUAGUUGUGCAUAAACCACUUCUAAUUGAAAGACCGAGUGUGAAUAAGUCAACAGGAUUGCUUAAAGAUCGCACUGAUAGGAGUGAUAAAAUUAUAAAUGAAUUUUACUUUUCCUACGACAGCUCAUUAGCAAGAUCUGCUAUUUACGAGCUUCCUAUUUACCUUUGUUAUGCCAAAAAAUUUGGUUGGAUGGCAUUUAUUUUUCAUGUUUUCAAGAUGUACGUAUCUAAUAACCUUUAUGCAUUUCUGGUCGUGCAAUUCAACGCGCAAUGUUCAGAAGCUGUUUUUCCAUGUUUGUUAAGUCGUAACAAAACUACACUUAAUUAUCACGGUUUCAUGCUCCACGAUGCGUUAUCACUUUCUACCACUUGUUAA